AUGUUCAAUGUCUACGAUUCGCCAUUCUUUCGCAUCGAGACCCAGGCGGAGAGUGACAUUUUGGCCAAGUGCCGACCAGGAUACCCUGUCACACAGCGUCUCGACUCGGGCUCGCCAUGCUUGGUGUCCUCCACUUCUCGUCAGGUCAAGCUGGAACUGUACAGUGCGCCUCUCUCUCCUGAUCUCUCAUGCAGCACGUACCCACCAGCGACAACGGGGGCACGUCGUGUUGCGGUGCUGAACCCACGAGUGGGUGCUGCCAACCCGACCCUGCCACCCACACAAACUUCGUAUGAUGACCCUUCGGUCAAGUUGGCUUCUCCCGCCCAACGUAUUCCUUCCAACAGCACACCCACCCACACACCCCCCUAUUCUGGCCGUGACCCAACGCCCCGAAGAAAACAAAUCCCUUCUCCUGAAGCCACGCUACGCACCCAAGCACACCACCCGUCCGCUUCAAGUCCCGCAGGCACCCUGCCAUUCAUGGCCAUGAACCUGCCUCCCCUGGCAGGCAGCGGCGGGGCUCACACGCAACCUUCGCUGCCAGCACUCCCAGCACAUCUCCAGUCCGAUACGCAUUUGACGGCACACCUCGCGAGCCGCUUCCACCUGUCGCUGCCGACUGCUCAGCUGUCCUCCCAUGCCUUGAUCUCUCUCAACACAUACACCUCUUCCUCUAAGGGCCCCGACGGCGGCAAGGAGGGGAGUGCCAUGGCUGGCGCCGAGGAGAUGGCUGAACGCGCCUGGCUCAGGCUGGGUCACCGUUCCGAAAACCAGGCUGUUGUCUUCCUUGGCGAGUCGGGCUCAGGAAAGUCUACGCUUCGCUCCCACCUACUUGCUUCGCUGCUCAACAAAUCCUCGACUCCUCUCUCCACCAAAGUGUCACUGGCUGCCUACGUCUUCGACACCCUGACCACAACCAAAACCGCGACGACGCCGACCGCCUCCAAGGCUGGCCUCUUCUACGAGCUCCAGUACGAUACCGCCUCGACCACGAACCCUGUUCUGAUCGGCGGCAAGCUUCUAGAUCAUCGACUGGAGAGGUCUCGGAUCGCAGACGUCCCAACGGGCGAGCGAAACUUUCAUGUUCUUUACUAUCUCCUGGCCGGCACCAGCCCGGCUGAAAAGACUCACUUGGGCUUGGAGGAUUCCAGCGUGCAGCAGAGGCGAUGGAACGAGAUUGCCGAGAUCUGCCAGAUCCUCGCUAGCGUUCUUCACAUCGGUCAGCUAGAGUUUGAGUCAUCCGCCAACACUCAGGUCACCGGUGACGACAGCGGUGGUUUCUCCCACGAGGGUGCUACAGUCGUCACCGCAGCCAAGAACAAAGAUGUCCUGGCUAUCAUCGCUGCCUUCCUUGGCGUCAACGCCCAAGAUCUGCAGAACACACUUUCCUACAAGACGAAGAUGAUUCACAAGGAGCGUGUCACCGUCAUGCUGGACCCGAACGGCGCUCGCUCCCACGCGAACGAGCUUGCCCGGACCAUUUAUUCUCUGCUGGUGACCUACAUCAUUGAGAGCAUCAAUCAACGCCUGUGCGCUGCUGACGAUGCCGUGGCCAACACCGUUUCCAUCAUUGAUUUCCCUGGCUUCGAACAGCAAGCCUCAACCAAGUCGGCCCUCGACCAGCUGCUCAACAACUCCGCUACCGAGGCCCUGUACAACCUUACUCUCCAGAAUUUCUUCGACCGCAAAGCCGAUAUGCUGGAGAACGAAGAGCCUGGGAACGGUCUCCUCAGCAUCCUGGAUGACCAGAGUCGUCGUCACCGUACUGACAUCCAGUUCCUUGAAAGCAUGCGAAAGCGUUUCGAGGGGAAGAACCCUGCCAUCACGGCCGGGUCGUCGACUGCCAAGCUUCCCGGCAGUAACUUCCUCACAGAAAACUCGGCCCCCAUCUUCACGGUGAAGCACUUCGCUGGUGAGGUCGAUUAUCAGGUCAAGGGCCUGAUCGAGGAGAAUGGCGAGGUCAUUUCGGGCGAUCUGCUCAACAUGAUCAACUCGACAAAGAGUGAAUUCGUUGCCCGCCUGUUUGGUCAGGACGCUCUCCAGACCGUCACUCACCCCAAGGAGCGUUCAACUGUCAUGCAGGCGACCAUUAGCUCGAAGCCCAUGAGGACACCAAGUGUCAUGUCGAGAAAGACGGCCCGCACGGCCCGCAACCAGCGUGUUCUGCAGCAGAAGGCUGCCGAAGAGGAGCUCGAGAAACUCAGCGAGAACAACUCGCAGGCCGGCGGAGCAGCCAAGGCCGCGGCGUCUGAGCAAGGUGCCUCUGGACAGUUCCUUGCAGCUCUCGAUAACGUCACGAAGGCUGUGGCCGACCCAAGCACGAACUCAUACUUUGUGUUCUGCCUGAAGCCCAAUGACCGCCGCAUCGCAAGCCAGUUCGACAGUAAAUGCGUUAGGACGCAGGUGCAAACGUUCGGCAUCGCCGAAAUCAGCCAGAGGCUGCGGUCCGCCGACUUUAGUCUUUUCCUUCCAUUCGGAGAGUUUUUGGGUCUCGCGGACGCCGAAACGAUCCUCAUGGGAAGUGAGAGAGAGAGGGUUGAAAUGGUUGUCGAGGACAAGCGCUGGCCCAGCAACGAAGUCCGCAUCGGCUCCACUGGCGUGUUCGUCAGUGAGCGCUGCUGGAUGGAGAUUGCCCACCUCUCUGAAGCCUCCUCGGCACAUGGCAGGUUUGGCCUGCCAUCGGACGGAGGCGACGGCCUCACACCCCACGGCGCCUCGCCCGCCGACCCGUUUGCUGCCUCAAAGGAGCGUUUGCUGUCUACAGGCAACACGCCACUCAUGUACGGCGAAAAGGGCAAGAACGGCUACUUUGGUGCGAACGAUGGAUCUGACUCCCGCUCGGAAGCUGGUGUUUCAGCCUUCGGCGGCGGAGACAUGUUCAAGAACUUUGACACUCGAGAGCAGAUGGCCGAGCGUGGCAACGAGAAGAGUCUCGUGGAGGUCGAAGAAUACAGGGACAGUGCCAGCCGCAAGCGCUGGCUCUUCAUGGUCUAUCUCCUGACUUGGUUCAUUCCCGACUUCCUGAUCCGCUUCAUCGGCCGCAUGCCUCGCAAGGACGUCCGCAUGGCCUGGCGAGAGAAGCUGGCGAUCAACCUGAUCAUUUGGCUGUCUUGUCUCCUAGCUGCCUUUUUCAUCGUUGUGUUCCCCAUGCUCAUCUGUCCUCGUCAGCAUGUCUACAGCGCUGCCGAACUCUCGGCGUACGACGGGAGCAGUGGGAGCCCUGGUGCCUACGUCUCGAUCCGCGGUUACGUUUUCGACCUGGAGAAGUUCGCACCCCGUCAUUAUCCCCCCAACCUCGUGUCCACAGAGGAUAUCCUCGAGUACGCCGGCAAGGAUGCUACCUCUCUUUUCCCCGUCCAAGUCAGCGCCUUGUGCCAGGGUCGUGCUGGGUCUAUUGAUCCCGCCGUUUUGAUCGACUACAGGUCUACCAACGUGACUGGCUCGCCCACUUUGAUCAGCCAGCAAGACAUCAACGCCAACUUCCACGACUUCCGCUACUUUACCAACGACACGCGGAAGGAUUGGUACUUCCAACAGAUGGCGAUGCUUAGGGCAAACUACCUCAAGGGUCGUAUUGGAUACUCUCCAAAAUACAUGAAGACUCUGGCGCGCAACUCGAGGACGAUUGUCAGCAUGAACGGCCGUGUGUUCGAUUUGACAGAAUACGUGGUUGGAGGUCGCCGGACAGUAGGAGAAGACGGCAAGGACGUCAGUGGCGUUGCUAGAGACUCUGUUGACUUCAUGGAGGAGGAUGUCAUCAGACUUUUCCGACAACUUUCUGGUGCAGACGCUACCAGACACUGGGCCUCGCUCAACCUUAGCCAGCAAGCCAAGACCCGGAUGCUGACCUGUCUCAACAAUCUCUUCUACGUCGGUGAUGUCGACACACGAAGCUCGGUUCGCUGCAAGUUUGCCGAAUACUUGGUCCUUGCUAUUUCCAUCAUGCUCGUCACUAUUAUCGCCUUCAAGUUCUUCGCCGCCCUGCAAUUCGGAACCAAGAACAUGCCCGAAAAUCUCGACAAGUUCAUCAUGUGUCAAAUUCCCGCCUACACUGAGGAUGAAGAUUCGUUGCGUCGUGCUAUCGACUCAGCCGCCAGGAUGCACUAUGAUGACAAACGCAAGCUCCUUGUCGUUAUCUGCGACGGCAUGAUUGUUGGCCAGGGCAACGACCGGUCCACUCCUCGCAUCGUACUCGACAUCCUCGGCGUCUCGGAGACUGUCGACCCUGAACCCCUCAGCUUCGAGUCACUGGGUGAAGGUCUCAAGCAGCACAACAUGGGCAAGGUCUACUCUGGUCUUUACGAGGUCCAGGGUCACAUCGUCCCGUUCCUGGUCGUUGUCAAGGUCGGCAAGCCCUCCGAGGUGUCUCGCCCCGGCAACCGUGGCAAGCGUGACUCGCAGAUGGUUAUCAUGCGCUUCCUCAACCGCGUCCACUACAACCUGGCCAUGAGCCCCCUCGAGCUUGAAAUGUAUCACCAAAUCCGCAACAUCAUUGGUGUCAACCCUACAUUCUACGAGUUCAUGUUCCAGAUCGAUGCCGACACGGUAGUCGCUCCCGAUUCCGCUACACGUAUGGUGUCCGCUUUCUUGGAUGACACGCGCCUGAUCGCUGUCUGCGGCGAGACCGCUCUCACCAAUGCCAAGUCAUCUUUCAUCACCAUGAUCCAGGUUUACGAGUACUGGAUCUCGCACAACCUCACCAAGGCGUUCGAGAGUCUUUUUGGCAGUGUCACGUGUCUUCCCGGUUGUUUCUCCAUGUACCGCAUUCGCGCCGCUGAGACGGGCAAGCCUCUGUUCGUGAGCCGCGAAAUUGUCGAGGCCUACGCGACUAUUCGAGUUGACACUCUUCAUAUGAAGAACUUGCUUCAUCUGGGUGAGGAUCGUUACCUCACCACACUCCUCCUCAAAUUCCACAACAAGUACAAGACGAAGUACAUCUUCCGCGCUCACGCCUGGACCAUCGCUCCCGACUCUUGGGCUGUCUUCAUGUCGCAGCGUCGUCGCUGGAUCAACUCUACCGUGCACAACCUCAUCGAGCUCAUUCCCAUGGCCCAGCUCUGCGGUUUCUGCUGCUUCUCUAUGCGCUUCAUCGUCUUCGUCGACUUGCUCAGCACAGUCUUGCAACCUGUGACUAUGGCCUACAUCGUCUACCUGAUUGUCAUGGUCAUCCGGUCACCGGACGUCGUGCCUGUCACAGCCUUCAUCUUGAUCGCUGCCGUCUUCGGUCUGCAGGCUAUCAUCUUCAUUUUGCGUCGCAAGUGGGAGAUGAUUGGAUGGAUGAUCAUCGUCACGGACGAGGGCAAAUUUGACCCGGCCUCGAUUCCCCGCAAGAAGUGGGAGGAGUAUCAGGGCGAGAUCUGGGAGGCUCAGACCGUUCGCGACGACGCGCGUUCUGAGGUUUCCGGCUACAGCUACGCCACCAAGGGCCACCCCGGCGUUCAGGUUGGCGUCUCCGAGUACGGCGGCUACAGCAGGCCUGGGUCCAUUGCUGGCGGCUUCAGCGGCGCGCACGCCAUGCCGCCACUGCCCAUGAACACGUCGCGCAUGUCACUCGCGGCGUCGGAGAUGGGUGGCAACCGCGCCAGCCAGUUUGGUGGAUCACAGUACUUCUCGCCGGAGGACAUGGUUGGGCCUGCCGAGCGACGACGCACUCCUGGCAGAGAUUCGUGA